UUCUUCUGAAUUCGAAAUCCCCACUCCCCGAAUUUCGCGAUGCGCAAGUCGAAAAAAGCAGAAUCUUCCGUCGCCGCUUCUUCGGAACGCAGAAACUGGAGCGCCACCUUCAAAUCGCUGGUUAAGAUGGUUUGUAGCCAGCAGAACCAGCUUCACUCGUUCGCGAACCUGAAGAAGAUUCUCGAAGACCACUUGCGAAUGCAGCACGAGGGGCGGAUCUCCGAUGUUCGCUUUUACAAGGAUCAAAUAUCUCAGAUGAAUGGGGUUUCGAUGUUUGAGGAGAAGAGAAGGUCGCUGGAGGCAGCGAAGGCGGAUUUGGAGCUGGGUUUCAAGCACAGAGAGGCUACUAAGUUGAAAUGGAUUUUAGAGCAUACAGAGGAUGAGUUGACGGAUUUUAAGACAUGGUUCGAAUUCCUUUCUUGUAAAUCCUCUAAUGGCGAAGAUCAAGAAACAGCUUCCAAGGAUACUGACUUGAGGAAGAGAGGAACAACCAAUAGAGGGAACAAGUCCAGUUGGAACACUGCAGAAAAAGAGAAUUGUUCCAGCGAAAUCAAAGAUGAAUUGAGAAGGUUAAGAGGUGAACAUGAGAAGCUUGCAUUAGAAAAAUAUUCGGAGGUGUCAGCACUGUUGGCAGAAAAGAAGUUUGUGUGGAAUCAAUAUAAUAUAAUGGAGAAUGAAUACUCUGAUAAAUUAAAGACUAAGGAAGCUGAAGUAGAAAAGGCAAAUGAAAAGAUUAAGGCACUUGUUUCCAGUAUGGAGCAGCUACAGUCUAAAAAUCAUGAAAAGGAUAGUAAAAUUUCAGAAUUAAAAAUUAAAAUGGCCGAGAUGGAAGCUGAGGCAAAAAAAUUAAACAAAGAAAUAUCUGGACUCUCAGUGGAGUUGGAAUCUUUAAGAAAGUUAAGCAGCAGCCAAGUUACACCCAUUUUAAAUCAUUGCACGGAAGGAACUAAAGCAACUGAGUCCGGAGUUGUUAAGAGCAGCAGGAGUAGAAGAAAUUUGACUUUGAAAAAAGAAAUAUGUACUCCUGAUGCACCGGCUCCUGCAAAAUCCUCUGAAAAGGGUACAAAAAGCAUGAAGAGGAAAGAGGCUCCAGUUAUUCCCACCUCCCAGACUCCAAAACUAUUCUCUUCCAGCUUCAAGGUUCCGAAACUGAAGUCCUCUGUGAGGGUCUGAUGACAGAUGACAUCUUUCGGAUAACCUUUUAAUUUGUUAGGAUAUGAUAGUUUUGUAUAUGAUUUGUGUAUUGUACACUCUUAUGUAUUAUGUAUGAGCUUUCUUUUAGGUAUUGAUUCAUUCAUAGCCUUUCUAAUGGUGAUAUUUAGUGUAAGUUUGGAAUAAAUUCCACUUUUUAGGUAAAUUAUGUAACAGCCUUUAGUCUGGACAAGUUUUAUUCAUAAAACUUCUUACGAAAAUGGUAGAUCUGU